AGCGAUGGCAAUGGCAGAGGGAGAGCAUGGUAGGGGGAGACGUGUAGAGAGCGAGGAAGAUCGAAAGAGAGGAAGAGCCAGACAGACAGACAGACAGACAGACAGACAGACAGACAGACAGACAGACAGACAGACAGACAGACAGACAGACAGACAGACAGAAGUGAGGCCCGGCAGGAGGGGACGGUAGUUGACAGUAGUAGAGUUCAGGAGGAGAGUAAGCGAGAGGUGGGAGGAUUAACUAGAAGUGUGGGAGAGUAAUCCUGCAAGUGAGUGGAUCAAUCGAUAGAGAAAGAGAGAGUGAGGCUCAGCAACCAGGAGGACGAAACUUUCAAAGUCAACGGGGUUGGAUAGGACUCAACAUUUAGUAUUCAUAGCACGCUAGAAGCCGCACAUGAAGAUUGCAUCUUAACGACAAACCUCGAGUCACCAUGAUUCUUCGACCUGCUCCGCAGCGAAGCAAUUAUCCGUUUGAUCCGGACAACCCUCUUCCCAAGGGAGUCCAGCUCUCUCCUGCUGACCUGCGAGCCAAGUACUACAAAGUGAUCGACCCCGAGGCGAAAUUUUACAGCGGUGAUCCAAGAUUGCACCGAGACCGGAGAGAAGAACGAGACCCCAAACGGACCAUGCUGUUCCAGAAACUCCGCUCUAACAGCCAAGAAGUCUUUGACAAAACAAGGAGAUAUCUUAUCGAAGAAGUCGCUCGAGGGAGAUGGUACGGGAAGGAGCAUCGCGAUGAAAUCUUGGAGAUGACAGCCGCACCAUCCACUCGAUCAUCGAAUGAUUCGGGUAACGACAUGUUUGCGAUCCUUUCAAACCAGUUUGGCAGAAGCUAUGUAGGGCGAAAGCUUCCUCCUCGCAAAGAUUUCAUCCAGGCAAACAAGCUUCUGCAAACCAGAAAGUCAGAGAGUACCAAGCCUCCUGCACACCGAAGCUCUUCGAGUGCAUCAACUCACGAUCAUAGGAAGCUUGAACGACUCAUUGAUGAAGCCUUCGACAAGAAUGCGGCACCAGCUGUGAUAGAAUGGUUGAAGAAGAAAGCUAAUGUUGUGGAACGAGACUCUCUCACAAGGAUUCUUGAGUCGGUAGACAAGAAGCGGUCUUCAAAGAUGAGUCCACAUCAGCAGGCUCUUGCUCAAGCUCAAACUUUGAGGAAACUUCAACGCACUCAAGAUUCUGAUGUUUCAAACCUAAAAGAAAACAGAAUUCCUUCUCUGCCAUCCCACGGAUCUGGAACACAUGAAAAUCAAUCUGCCCAGAAUCCCGAGGCAAGCUUUCCUGUAGUGUCUGCGUCACCCAAACAUGUUGUACAGACAGAAGUCAUGGAGGAACCACGAGAUCAAGGUGCAAGUACCUUUUCGAUGCCCCCCAAGUCAGGGGAGAUCCCCCCCCCUGAAAGAAGAAAGCAAGGUAUUUAUCCGUUUGACUGGAAGCCGUCAAGGAGAGUCUUGGAGCUCAAGACAAAGCUACAAGAGAUUCUGUCUUCUAAGCAUCGCCAGCUCAAGAACUCCUUCCGUAGGUUCGAUGAAGAUCACCGGGGAACGCUGGACCUCAGCGAGCUUUACAGAGUGAUGGUGGAGGAGUCCGGCAUCGAAUGCACCCGAGAAGAGCUUGAAGAAUUGUGGGAUUUCUUCGACAGAGAUCGAGAUGGUGUGGUCAAAUAUUCAGAUUACGCAAAGACAAUGGGAAACGAUGCAUUGGAUGAAAGAGAUUACUUUCAGAUUGCUCAGCGAAAAGCAGCUGGGCGCUACAAUGAAGCGGUGAAGUUCUACGCGAAUGUGAAUGAACAAGACCAAGCACAUGUCUUGAACAAGAAUUCCGACACAGCAAAGUUUGCCAGUGAAAAUCCCGAGCUUCUCAAGAAGUACAUCAAGAACGUCGAAGAAGUUCACACUGGGCACAACUCACUGUUCACGCUGCCCAACAAGAAGCUCGGGUACUACCCCUGCGAAAAGCCGAGACGGCCCGGCAAGACAAGCGUCGGCACCAGCCUCCACAGUUUCCGCGUGGAGGUGGCGGAGAGACUGGUGAGCAAGCAUGGCUCGAUUGAGUCAGCGUUCCAGGAAGCUGUGAGAGGGACCGGAAGGGAAGGAGUCAGCCAGUACAGCUUCGCCGUCCUCCUCAACGAGCUUGAGAUGGACGCCGACGAGCUGCUCACUUUCCAACUCUUCGACACGUUUGACCUUGACUAUGAUGGCGAGCUGAGCUGGGAAGAGUUUGACAACUGCUUUAACAACCUGGACAAGACGACGAGAGCAUGGAUGACCCAGGAGAGCGACUCAGACAUCUUGUUCUACGACGUGAAGCAACCAAGUCACAAUAUCGACAGCUCUUCUGCUCUCGCGACAAUUUUUCGACCCAGAAAAGAUGCUGCACGGAAAGGAGAAGGAAGGAGAGGAGCGGAAGAUAAGCGCAAGGAGCACAUGGCCCCUCCUCGGCCCCUGACUGCCCUGAGUGGCACCGGCAGGUUUGACGCUGAGCACCUCACUGGGGUUCAUGCGCGUGCAUCUUCAUCGCUGGAAAGGCUUCAGGAGACACAAAUACGUGAAAGCCCCUCCUCUCCUCCUCGCAAGCUCAGACAGCACGUGCGGUCCCGAUCUCUCUCGACGAGUGUCAGUCAGCCGCAUCAAGUCACGAGGGAGAAACGGAUGAGACCACUAUCAGCGAUGAAUGAAUUUUAAGAUCAACUUCAUCAUUCCCCUC